AUGCUGGUUUCAGACAUGUCAGACUGGAACUCGACUCCGAAUGUGUUUGCCAGCUGCUUCGGAGUAAUGAUUCUAGCGAGCAUCACCAUGCAGCUAUUUUGGAUAGAGCUUAUGAGCUGCUGCACAGACAAUGGGAUGUUUCUAUCUCCCAUAUUUUCAGAGAGGGUAAUAAGUGUGCUGACCAUAUUGCCAAUUGUGGCCACUCGUUUCCUUUGGGACUCCAUUCAUUUCCGAUUUCCGAUCCACUCCUUUGUAAUUGGCUUUUGUACGAUGUUCAGGGGAUCUCCGAACCCCGGGUGA